CGUCACGUGACGUAAAGAAACAUGGCGGGCAGAGAUAAAUUUAUUUUUUUGUAUUGUGUUGAUAUUCGUUUCAGUCAGUGUAUGUGUAACCAGCCUUCCCAUGAAGACGCAUCGGAAUGUGAAGCAAGCGAAGAUCCUCCAAUCAGUACCGCCUCAGAUGAUACAUGUGAAAUGACAGGAAACGAUGACACUUGUAAAAGAACCGGGAACGAUGACACAUAUGAAAACAAUGGGGAUGAUGACACAUGUAACGAGACACAGCAAUGCCCCAAAGGAUUUCAUGGAGAGAAUUGUGAUAAACCCUGCGAAUUCGGCUCGUGGGGUCCACGUUGUUCGCUCCCCUGUGGUCAGUGUAAAAGGGGCGGUGUCUGUAACAACGUCAACGGCGUCUGUCCCACGGGCUGUGCUGAUGGCUGGAUAGGAAAAUAUUGCAAUAAAGUGUGUGACAGCGGCAUGUGGGGCAGUGGCUGUAAAACACCAUGCGGUCACUGUGCGGCCAGUGACGUGUGCGACCCUACGACAGGACACUGUCCCGGCAAGUGCUCUAAUGGCUGGGUUGGAAAAGACUGCAACAAGAAAUGUAUACAUGGUCUGUGGGGUGAAGAUUGUACCGUUAUGUGUGGGAUGUGCAAAAAGACGUGUAACAAUGUGGACGGGACGUGCGAUGGAGGUUGUCACAGAGGGUUCUAUGGCGACCGUUGUCAGUAUGGGUGUGAAACUGGGACGUACGGUGUAAACUGCGAAGGCCGAUGUACAAACUGUCGUCACAAACAGUGUAACGGCAUUCUUGGAAACUGUCUCAUUGGCUGCAACAAGGGCUGGACGGGCAUCAAGUGUGACAAGAUUGCAGGGAGCGCCUGACAGAUCACCUUCAGAUAGAACCAAUAGAAACACAAGUACUCUGAAUGAAGAUUCAGAAAUCAUCUCAUUCACCGUUUUUAGUCAUCAUAUAGCCUGGAUAUUGUAUGCUAUUGAUCAUAUUCAUCAAGCCUUGUCAGAUACUUUGUUGUUCUUUUGUGAUUGUUAUUACAUUAUGACAAGUUACUAUUAUUUGUUCACAAUUUGUCUUUUUCUGAAAUCAGUGUGUGUAUAAAUUUAACCGACAGUCAUUCAACAUAAAGGUGUUUUACUAUAUUCACGGAUAAUGUUUUCGUUACAUAUUUUGUAUCCUUUGGGUAACAUUUUUAAAAGCAAAUUUUACUAGGACUCAUUGACUACAAUUAAAUGAUUGAAAACUGUCUGUAAGUGAUACUUACAUUUUCAAGCACGCUCGCCUCGCUACCACAAACAGUUUCAAGUGUUUUUAUGCCUAACCACCCCAACC